AGUACUUCCGGCUUCCGUGAACUUGCGCAGUACUCGCAGGGAGCUCUUUGGAAGGAAGGACUGCUGCUGCUGCUGCUGCUGCUGCUGAAUUCGGAGGUUCUUUGUGUACACAGCUCCCAGGUGGAGCGUCGAAGCUCUGUGUGUAAAUGCAGCACACACUUUAGCUGAGAUAUUUGCUUCAAGAUGACCCCGGAACCAUAAGUCGGCAGCACCGGGUUUCCUCCCGGACCUCCUUUAACGACUCCUUCCGCCAAAGAGCCUGGAAUACUCAGGAGCUCCUUUGGCGGGGGGCGAACGACGGGAAGGGCACUUCCGGUGUCUGUUGCCUAGGCGCCGGCCCGGCGGGCCUUCCGGGCGACCUUAUUGGUGUCGUCCUCUCGCCCCCCCCUCCUCCCCGGGGGUCGAGAUGUCGGGGCUCAGCCGCUUAGAGAUGGAGGGCUGUCGCAGCAUGCUGGGCCUACUGGACAACGAGGAGAUCCAGGCCCUGUGCGACACCGUCACCAACCGCCUGGUGCAGCCUGCGGACCGCCAAGAUGCUAUUCAUGCAAUAUUAGUAUAUAGCCAAAGUGUAGAAGAACUUCUGAAGCGUAGAAAAGUCCAUCGAGAAGUCAUUUUUAAGUACUUGGCAACACAGGGGCUUAUUAUACCCCCGAAUACUGAAAAACACAAUCUUAUUCAGCAUGCAAAGGAAUACUGGAAAAGGCAAUCACAGCUGAAACUGAAGGAAGCACCAGAGUUAGCUACAAAGACUGAGGAUAUUCAACUCUUUCAACAGCAGGGAAAAGAAGAUAAAAAAGCUGAGAAAGUCGAUUUUCGCCGCCUUGGAGAAGAAUUCUGUCAAUGGUUUUUUGAACUUCUUAAUUCUCAGAAUCCUUUUCUGGGACCACCUCAAGAUGAAUGGGGGCCACAGCACUUCUGGCAUGAUGUAAAGCUUAGGUUUCAUUAUAAUACCUCAGAACAAAAUGUGAUAGACUACCAUGGAGCAGAACUUGUGAGCCUUCGUUUGCUGUCACUAGUAAAAGAAGAAUUCCUUUUUCUCAAUCCCAACCUAGAGUCCCAUGGACUGAAGUGUGCUUCUUCACCCCAUGGGUUAGUUAUGGUGGGAGUUGCAGGGACUGUUCACCGAGGAAACAGUUGUCUGGGAAUUUUUGAACAAAUUUUUGGACUCAUCCGGUGCCCUUUUGUGGAGAAUACUUGGAAAAUCAAAUUUAUCAACCUAAGAAUUGUUGGGGAAAGUUCCAUUGCUCCUGGAACAGUACUGAAACCAGCAGUUACAUUUGAACAGAGUGAUCUGGAGGCCUUUUAUAAUGUUAUUUCUUUGUGUGGUAACAAUGAAGGAAGAGUUAAUAUAAGGCAGCCUUUGGAAAGUGGGACUGGAGACCAGUCUUUGGGUGGUGGAAAUGAGUCAUUAGUGAGCAAAAGAGAACUGAGUUUGCCUAACCCUGUAAAACACUGAGCACUGUAUGUCAGCUUAGUAAAUCUCUACAGAACCUCUUCCAAGUGCUGCAUCAGUAAUUUCGUGAUUUCAGAUGUAAGGAAUGACAGUUAAAUGCCUUUCUGUACUGCCAUGUUAUAUGAAUACUUGCCCCUUUCUAUCUGAGUUACACAAAUGUUUUGAGAACUUAAUUGCAGUUCACCUAAUAAAUCCCACUUUAGAUGUUGUAGCUAACUGUGUGCCUUACAAAUCAGGUAAUAUUUUCAUUUUACUUAGUGAAUAUUAUCUAUACCUUCCAUAUAGCAAACAAUUGACAGUGUUAAAAUCUUAAAGGACAUUUUACAAAUGCAUCUCAUGAUAUUGUUUAAAAGAUAAAAUAACUUAAUAGUUUAGAGAUGUUUGAUGUAAACCCAGUGUUUUCAUUUUAGAAAAUUCUUUUUACAUUGUUAAGUACAAAACUUCACAAGGGGAGAAAAAUUUACUACCUCUGUAAAUAUUUGGAAAACAGCUUCGGUCCAAAAAAGUGUCUGUUAUAAUCUUCAACAUUUUGGCAAUAAUAAAUACUGCUCCCAAGACA